AUGGACAAGAGCAUGCUCGGCGACCUCGACAACCUCCCCGAUGAGGACAAGAUGCGCAUGUCCGCCAUGAUCGAACAGCUGCAGAUGCGUGACAGUCUACGGAUGUACAAUGCGCUGGUGGAGACGUGCUUCAAGGACUGUGUUGACACAUUCCGGAGGAAGACGCUGGACAAGCAAGAGGAGUCGUGUGUCCGCCGCUGCGCCGAGAAGUUCCUGAAGCACUCCAUGAGGGUUGGCAUGCGAUUUGCUGAGCUUAACCAAGGCGUUGCCACACCUGACUAA